UACACCAAUCUUUAGUCGCGCCAUUCGUUAAUUAUACCCAACCCUGCUGUGAUCAGCUGACGUAUGAUAUCUUUCCUACUGAUAUACCCAUUCCAAUCAUUACUAGAGCGCAGGGCUUCCGACGUUGGCAUUCAGGACAUACACUGAAAGUCUGACGAAGGAUGACGUUGGAUCUUCACCCCCCUCAACAAUCGGUCAGCGAGCGCAGAGGCCAACGAUUGGCCCCCUUGCAAACCAACUUCAGCCGUCCAACCGCACGCCCGGUGCAGGUUCCACCCGCGAGACCACAGCGUCCACGGCCCACGGACUACCAGGACGAUGCGGAGGCAGGCGAACGAGUCCCAUUGCAGCCAGCGCCAGUGAAGCGCCAGACGUCCAAGUCUAGCCUGCGAAAUAUUUUCGGACGCGAGAAAUCUGCCCGUAAGCAAGCCAACGACGCUAAGCUGUCGGGUAUCGAGGAGGUACAGCAGCAAAGCACACAGUCUGCAUCCGAAGCGGCGCCGGCGGUUCAGUCGCCUACUGCCACUGCUACACCUAAGACCACCGUCUCAACGGCCACGCUCCCCACGUCCCCGACCACCACGGGGUCGCAACGAUCCAGGCUGCCCUCCAGAUCUCGCACGAGAACCAGCGACGAGAAGCCAGCCGCGGGUGAAAUAGGAUGGAAACCCCCACCGCUUUUCCAGGCAUAUCCCCAAGCGAUCAAACAUGACUGUCUUCCCGUUCCAGCUAUGUCAGUGGACUCCAUAAUGCGCAUGCAUGCCACCUCGAAGGCAAAGGCUGGGUCUCGUGAAGAAGAAUCCCAGAAUGGAGAAUCUACGGAGGAUGGUGGCGCCCGAAAGAAAAAAGAGGACAAGGAGAGGAAGAGACACAUGCGCACCUUAUCUGAAACGAUGAAUAAAGCAGAGUGGACCCAAAAGGUUUACGUUCUAGCCACCGCCGGCUAUAUUCUGCAAUAUUCCGGCGUAGGGAAGUAUGAUCGACUACCGGAGAAGAUGUUACAGCUUGGUCCUCGAACUGUGGCUUUUGCUAGCGAUGCCAUCCCGGGGAAGCAUUGGGUGCUACAAGUGUCACAGACUGACGAAGAUGGUACCGAUUCGACCAAGCCUCACCGGUUUCGCUUCGGAUUCCACAGAUCCCAUUCCAAGAGAUUAGACCGCUGCUUCCUUCUUGUUUUCGAUCACCCGGAAGAUAUGAGCUCUUGGCUGUUGGCCGUUCGGGCCCAGAUAGAAGCUCGAGGGGGCAAGAAGUAUGUUUCGGAAAAGACAGCCGACGACGGCUCUGAGCCUCAGCUCCAGACCAAACCCAGCGUUCGCCAAUUGGUGACCAAAGAUCCAAACCGAUUUUCCACGAUGCUCCAAUUCCAGCAGACUAUACCUGGGGAAGAAAAGGACACUGGUUUGAAUGACCAGUCUCGUCGGAGCUCCUACAUCUCUGUCAACCGCCGGUCAGUGGUUAUACCACCGGCAUCGGAAUCUCGCUCUGGAUCGGUAUCCACCACACAUACAGAAACAACAUCGCCCGUAAGCGCAAGCGGGCGAUUUUACUCAUCAAUCGCCGGUACAAGUCUCCCGAAGCCUCCACUCAACGGUAGCGUAGCAGCAGCUUCGCUGGACGGGCCAUCGAGCCCAACUCUCUCGAGCUCAACGAAGCGACGAUCGCUGCAUGUGUCGUCACCAACGACAACAAAGACAGCCGCUGAAAUAGCCGCUGAGAUACCACGAUCACAGUCGACGCAGCCAGAUCCUGUGCUUCGCAGCACCUCGCCGCCGGCCCCUAAUUUCAGUGUGCCGUCUUUUAGCAAGAGAUUCACCGCCAGGUUCGGUCCACUCCAGGUCCCGCAGCUCUCACAGCUUCCUCCGGCCCUGGAUGAUGUAGGCAGCAAAAGCACUACCGCUGCUCUUUCUGCUUUUCCUUCUCCACCUCAAUCUCCGGGCAAGAUUAUGAACGGCUUCCCGCAGGACGAUCCCAACGAGCAGCAGCAGCAGCAACAGUUACAACAAGAAGAGCAACAACAACAACAGCAGCAGCAGCAAUGGCCGCUCCACGCCGGGCAAGCCAAGAGACCGCCACUACGCGUUUCCAGCUCUCAGGAUUCCCUGGCAGACCCGCAACGUGCGGCAGAUCCCAGAAGCCAUCGGCUCUCUCGCAUGCCCGGGGGCAUGAUGGCUAAUACCGCAUCCCAAGUGCCGCGACCAACAACUGCUGUCAGCGGAGGGCCAGGCCACGGCCCUCAGUUGGGCCCAGACUUGGCGAAUGCGCGUCGCGAUCAGCAACGGACCCGAGGUUCUGUCAUGUAUCAGCCCGAUCCAAACGUCCGCCUACCGCCAGUAGCCAUGGGUCGUCGAAAGAGCAUGCCAGGGCUAAUUGGACCACCUGCGGCGCCUCCUCCAAACUGCCCACUGCCUAAAAUCCCUUCUCCAAUCGAUCCACAAACACCUAAUUGGGGUGAAGUACCCGCAGAGCUGCGACAGUGCAUCUCACCCCCGCCGCUACAGACUAUUCGAGAACAACGGAAGAGCUUGGCGCCGUCGCCAGCCGGCCGCAGCUUCCAAGGCCGCAGUGUCUCCCGGCAUUCUAAGAUGCCUCCGAUAUAAUCGAUCCUUAAUCACUCCUUAUACAUACAUCCGUUCGCAUGAUGAACUCCAUGUCUUGUACGAGUUCAUCUUACCCUUUUUCAACAUUAUGCUUCCAUGUCGCCACGGCACAACUCCCUACCGUCGACUUUGACAGUCGACGAGGUCGAUCAAAGUAUCAUUACAUAGCGAUCCAGCGUUUUCACCUUUUCUAAUAUUACAUCUGAUACCAUUACUGUACUGCACUUAUGCCCCUGCGGGAUUGUCAUACCUAGCAGGCUAUUUCCUUCCCAGGUGGUUCGAAACCGAUAGAUAUUGCUGUUUGUUUUUCUUUUUUCCCCCUCUGUUAUACUUUCUGAUUUGUACUUUACUCUACCACAUAUUUAUACAUCGACAAUACCAAAUAGAACUCUAAUACUGCU